UGUUGCCCUCAGCACUCCAAAUCAGCCGCUAUGCCGACCGACCAUGCCCAUUGACAUCAACCUCCUUCGCGCAGAUCGGGGAGGCUGCCCCGAAGCGGUGCGCGAGGCACAGCGGAAGCGGUUCAAAGCAGAUGGCGACCGGCUUGUGGAUGAAGUGAUUCGCUUGGAUACGUUGUUGAGAGAAGGCCUGACGCGCAGUCAAGAGCUUCAAUUCCAGUUAAAGACCUUGCAGAAGGAGGUCAUCGCGGAGAAGAAGAAGCAGAAGCUGCCCUGCACAGCAGAACUGGCGGAAGCACAGAAGCUCCACGGGCAACUGAAGCGUUUGGAGUCAGAGACCAGCACUUGGGCUUCGGACCGCGAUGCGACGCUCAAACUGCUAGGCAACGUGCUGGACCCUUCAGUGCCCUGCUCUGACUCAGAGGAGCACAAUGAGGUCAUGGCCGUUUGGCCACCCGCAGAGCUGCCACCCUGCUCAGUCUCUUCAUUCACGCCCCCAUCUUCUGGGGCUCGAGGCCAGCAUGAUGAUCUUCUCUGGAGGAUUGGCGGCUAUGACCCUGACCGUGGCACCAAAGUGGCAGGAAGUCGCGGAUUUUUUCUGGAAGACGUAGGCGUCCUCCUGAACCAAGCCCUACUGAAUUUUGGUUUGGCCUUCCUCCGACAGCGUGGCUACAAGGCCAUCCAGCCACCAUAUAUGAUGAGGAAAGAGUUGAUGGCGGACUUGGCGCAGCUGAGCGAUUUCAAUGACCAGCUUUACAAGGUCAGCAAAGGAGAUAGUCCGGGCGACGGAGACAAGUAUUUGAUCGCCACCUCCGAGCAGCCGCUUUGUGCGCUCCACGCGAAAGAGCUUCUGGAUGUGGAGACACUUCCCAGACGCUAUGCAGGCCUCUCCUCUUGCUUCCGGACAGAGCUGGGCAAGGCAGGCAAAGAGAACAGAGGCAUCUUCCGGGUGCAUCAGUUCGAAAAGGUGGAGCAGUUCUGCAUCACCGAUGGUGAUCUCAGCACCUCUCAGCAGAUGCUCUCGGAGAUGCUGGAAACUGCACAAGACUUCUACAAAGCCUUGGGCAUCCCUCACCGUGUGGUGAAGGUGGUCUCUGGCGAGCUGAAUGAUGCGGCCGUGAUGAAGUUCGACUUGGAAGGAUGGUUCGCGGGCCAGGGCGUCUACCGUGAGUUGGUGUCUUGCUCCAACUGCACCGACUUUCAAUCUCGGGCAUUGGACAUCCGUACCCGGUCUGAGCGUGCAAAGGAGAAGCCGCGCUUCGUGCACCUGCUGAAUGCGACCUUGGUGGCUGCCGGGCGGUGCUUGUGUUGCCUUUUGGAGACCUAUCAAACGUCAACUGGUGUUCGGGUACCGGAUGCCUUGGUACCUUUCAUGGGAUUCCAACAGCAACUGGCAUGUUGCAGAAGCGAGGAAUCAGAAGGAAGUCUGGACUUCAUGCCCUUCGUCCGCCCGAGCCGCUGUGUGGCAGCGCCAUCGGCGGCGCCUAGACAGGUUCCAUGUGAGCCAUCCGAUGGCUUCCUGGAGGACCUCGACCAGAAGCUCUUGCACCAGCCAUACGUGAAUGGCUUUGAUCUUUCUGCCUUGGAUCUGCAGACCCUGCAGCAGCUGGAGCAGCGUCAGUGGAACGACUCCUCCAGGUAUCCCAACCUUCAUCGCUGGAUGGAGCACGUGAAGUCGUUUCCACGGACCGUUUGGGAUGGCUUCGGCUUCAAAAAAGCAACGAUGGCUGACGAGGCCGUCGAAAUCGGUCGUGGCGGUCGUCCGGGCGGGUCCAAGCCGUGGCAGGGCGAUGGGAAGACCAGGGAGGGCAGUGACUUCGAGGAGGGUCAAGUGCGAAAGGUCGAGGCCACCGAUGGAGCCGUGGGUGGUUGCAGAAACGCGAGGACUCGAGGGCCAGACCCGGGAGGGCGAAGUUCAUGGUUGCUGGUGGUGCUCAAGGCCUAUUGGAUUCCAUCAAGUGCGGAGACCAAGCAUAGGUCACAGAACAUCCCAGAGAUCAACCGACUCUACGAGACCGUCUUCAACCAGCUCACCGAGCGGUACUACAACAAGACGAAGUGGCCAAGUGACUACGCAGUCGCUCAGGCCUUAGGGCAGAACGAGGCGCUGUUCUUGAUCCUCUACAAGGAGCUCUAUUAUAGGCAUAUCUAUGCCAGACUGAACCCCGUGUCCUUUGAGGACCGCGUGGGCUCGUGGAAGAACUACACGCAGCUCUUAGAUUUGAUGAUCGAGAACCUCUCGGACGGUGAGGACUUAGGCAUCGCCCUGCCAGCGCAGUGGUUGUGGGAUAUCCUGGAUGAGUUCGUCUACCACUACCAGACCUAUAGCACCUACUGCCACAAGACAGCCAAGAUGCAGAAGGAUAAGGAGGUCAAGGAGCUCCGGGACAAUCCCGGCAUUUUCGAGACCACCAAGGUCCUGAACUACUUGCAUCAGUUGGUUCGCUAUUCGCUCAUCGAGGAGUGGUUGGUGAACCCGGAUGGCGGCAAUGGACAAGGUGCAGCCUUCACUGACGAACCCACUCGCCUUAUCGGCUACUUUGCCCUGAUGCAACUCUUGCGGAUGCACAGCCUUUUGGGUGACUACCGCUUGGCCAUGGAGACCAUCGAGAGCAUCGACUUCCGGGCUGAGGUGCCGCUGUUCUAUCGCAUCCCUGCCUGUCACGUCACAGUCUUCUACUACCUGGGCUUCGCGUACAUGAUGAUGCGGAGAUAUGUAGACGCGUCCAGGACCUUCUCGGACAUCUUGGUGUUUUUGUCCAAGAUUUCGGCGGUGAACUCCUUGUCCUAUCAGUAUGACCAGAUGCUGAAGAAGCAGGACCAGAUGUAUGUCCUGCUGCUGAUUUGCAAUGCGCUUUGCCCGCAACCCUUGGAUGAAUCCCUCGAGAAGCCCAUCCGCGAGAAGCAUGCAGACAAGCAGAUGCGCCUCCAGCAGGGUGUCGAGGCCUGCUUCGAGGACUUAUUCUCUUACGCUUGCCCCAAGUUUGUGGCGGCCUCCAUGCCCGACCUUGAUAACUUGGACAACUUCAAUGCCAACGAGGCACACCAGCGACAGCUGCACCUCUUCCUUCAGGAGGUGCGACAACAGCAGGCCCUGCCGACCAUCGGAUCUUACAUGAAGCUCUACACCUCCUUGCAGACCUCCAAGUUGGCACAGCUCUGCGAGAUGGAUGGUGAGGGCUUGAGGGAUCAGCUCAUGUGCGUGAUGCACAAGACCCGUCAGCUGGUUCACCAGAAAGAGGGAACUCCCUUGGACGGAGUCCUGCAGCCCUGCGGCGAAGUGGAGUUUUACCUGGACGGCGACAUGGUCCACAUCAAUGCACAGAAGCCACAGCGGCCUCAUGCAGAUGUCUUCUUGGAGCACAUUGUGAAGUUCCAGGACAUUCUGAAGCGUGCGGACCGCCUGCAGAAGGGCGGCGCCGCAGCAUAA